UCACUUAGUCUGCUUCCAUCUCAGGCGGCGCCAUCAACAUGUCCGUCCCCAUCGUCCUGCCAGUCAGCACCGAGACCAAGCAGGAGCUGGAGGGCUGCGCGGCCGUCGCACUGGAAUACGGUGGCCCCCGGGUAGCCAUUUUGCGGAACCCGGAGUUUUAUGAACAUCGCAAGGAGGAACGCUGUGCCCGACAGUGGGGAACCACGUGUCCGCAACACCCUUAUAUCAAGAUGGUUAUGGAGGGAGGUGACUGGCUGGUCGGUGGUGACCUGGAGCUGCUCGAACCCAUCAAAUGGAACGACGGCCUGGACCAGUACCGCUUUACUCCGCGGGAGCUCAAGCAGAAGUUCAAAGACAUGAAAGCAGCAAGUCAAUACAGCCCCUUUCAUAAAACAUCCUGUGAACAGCUCGUGGUGACGCUUCUGUUUUCUUGUCCUCUGUCACAGAACCUCAACAGGUCUACCAAUGUGGUCUACCAGGCCCACCAUGUCAGUCGCAGCAAGAGGGGACAGGUUGUGGGCACCAGGGGAGGGUUCCGAGGGUGCACCAUUUGGCUCACAGGUUUGUCUGGGGCUGGAAAAACCACCAUCAGUUUUGCCCUGGAAGAGUUCCUGGUAUCCCAUGCCAUCCCUUGCUACUCCCUGGACGGCGACAACAUUCGUCACGGCCUGAACAAGAAUUUGGGCUUCUCAGCCACAGACCGCGAGGAGAAUAUCCGUCGCAUCGCUGAGGUGGCCCGACUGUUUGCGGACGCCGGACUUGUUUGCAUCACCAGUUUCAUCUCCCCCUUUACUAAGGAUCGUAACGAAGCCAGGAAAAUCCACGCGAGCGCCGGGCUACCAUUUUUUGAGGUGUUUAUCCACGCUCCCUUAGAGGUGUGCGAGAGCAGAGAUGUAAAAGGACUCUACAAGAAGGCUCGGGCUGGCGAGAUUAAAGGCUUUACAGGAAUCGACUCAGACUACGAGCGCCCCGAGGCGCCGGAGUUGCUGCUGAAAACCGGAGAGCUCUCCGUGAACGAGUGCCUGGAACAUGUGCUGGAGAUGCUCCGUGAGCAGAACAUUGUGCCGGGUGAGAUCAUGGAGGACGCCAACGAAUUAUUUGUACCGGAAAACUUUGUGGAUCACGCCGUGGCCAAUGCGAGCACGCUGCCUACCAUAAGCAUCACCAAGUUGGACUUGCAGUGGGUGCAGGUUUUGGCCGAGGGCUGGGCCAGUCCUUUAAAAGGUUUCAUGAGAGAACGAGAGUUCCUUCAGGUCUUGCACUUUGGUAGCCUCUUGGACGGCGGCGCCAUCAACAUGUCCGUCCCCAUCGUCCUGCCAGUCAGCACCGAGACCAAGCAGGAGCUGGAGGGCUGCGCGGCCGUCGCACUGGAAUACGGUGGCUCCCGGGUAGCCAUUUUGCGGAACCCGGAGUUUUAUGAACAUCGCAAGGAGGAACGCUGUGCCCGACAGUGGGGAACCACGUGUCCGCAACACCCUUAUAUCAAGAUGGUUAUGGAGGGAGGUGACUGGCUGGUCGGUGGUGACCUGGAGCUGCUCGAACCCAUCAAAUGGAACGACGGCCUGGACCAGUACCGCUUUACUCCGCGGGAGCUCAAGCAGAAGUUCAAAGACAUGAAAGCAGAUGCGGUAUUUGCAUUCCAACUGCGCAACCCGGUCCACAACGGCCACGCUCUGCUGAUGCAGGACACCAAGCGGCGUCUGCUGGAGCGCGGCUACAAAAACCCGGUCCUCCUGCUGCACCCGCUCGGCGGCUGGACCAAAGAUGACGACGUGCCCCUACCCUGGCGCAUGAAGCAGCACGCCGCCGUAUUGGAGGAGGGCGUCCUGGACCCGGCCAGCACCAUUGUGGCCAUCUGCCCUUCGCCCAUGAUGUACGCCGGACCUACCGAGGUGCAGUGGCACUGCAGGGCCCGCAUGAUCGCAGGAGCCAACUUCUACAUCGUCGGCCGGGACCCGGCGGGGAUACCCCACCCAGAGACCAAGAAGGACCUUUACGAACCCACGCACGGUGGCAAAGUGCUCACCAUGGCGCCGGGCCUCACCUCGGUUGAGAUCAUCCCCUUUAGGGUGGCUGCCUACAACAAGUCCAAGAAAGCCAUGGACUUUUUCGACCCAGAGCGUCACGCCGACUUUGAGUUCAUCUCCGGAACCAAGAUGAGAAACUUAGCACGCAGCGGAGAGAACCCACCGGACGGCUUCAUGGCCCCCAAGGCCUGGAAGGUGCUGGUGGAGUACUACAACUCGCUGCAAAAGGACCAGUAGACCAGCACGACGCUACUCUACUACUGCAAGACAAUGACGGUCAUUCUCAGAUGGUGUGCUGAAUUUUAAGGACCAGUACAAGAAGUAAAGAGACUUUGUAACUCGUGUGGGUGUUGGGAAACUCUUUGCCAAAUCAAAGUACUUUUUCAAUAACUGAUGCGCAUUCCUUUUAAACUUUCUCCAAUUCAUCAUUCCAUUGUGCAAUUGAACUCCCUUGCCAAUUUAGUCGGCUGGAGUCCAACUCUUUCAAGAUAAAAUAUUUGGAACUUGCUCAGUACAUAUGGAAGAUUAUUUAGUCUACCUAAUAAAGUGGUGAAUCCAUAUGCCAUGUAUUUUUAUACAGAAGUAACAUCAGAUUCUAAUCUAUUUUUAACUUUGAACCCUACUAUAUUUCAUUUCCUAUCUGAAGGCUACAUGGGGAAACUUCAUGUAACACAUUUUAAGUUUAUUUGUAAUCUUUGAACGAAAUGUCAUCUUCACCAGCUAAAGUGCCUAAAGUUUAUAUUAUUAUAUUAGCGCGAAUGUCUCCUGUCUCAGUGCAAUACAGCGUAGGUCCAACUUCAAAGUGCCUUUUCCCUCAACUUGAUGCGUAUAGACCUUUUCACAAUGAUGUCAACACGUAGGCAGUCUUACAAUCUUCUCUGUACAACAAUUUAUUAUAGAUUCUUGACAUCUGGUGGUGCAACAACCCCCCCAAAAAAACCAACUAAAUUGUGUCAUUGUUUCGAUUGAAGUCAGUGGUGGUCACUCGCUCCUCUGCCACCCAGAAGUACCCCGGGAGGCACCUAUUGUUUACCAACAUUGUGAAAAAGUCUCCCCUGGUACUAAGAAUGUCUUCGGGGAUGUAUGUAUGUUUUGCUGUAAAAGUGGGCAUUCAAAUGUUUGCCAGAUGAGGAGGAAGAAGAUGUGAAUGUAAAAUGCAGUAAUAAAUCAACCUAAUUGGUAUUAU